AUGGACUUGUUUGAAUUGAAAGGACAUGGGUAUCUAUUAGUCAUUGAUUACUAUUCUAGAUGGAGAGAGAGAUCUCAUCUACAGACAACAAUAUCAGGCAGCAUCGUUGACAAUUGUAAAUCAAUAUUUGUUAGAUAUGGUAUACGAGAGGCAGUCAUUUCUGAUAAUGAUCCGCAAUUCUUUCUACGCCUCACUAGUAGUCCCCAUUAUCCACAAGGAAAUGAGAAGCUGAACGUGCAGUUCAGACAGUUAAAACCCUUCCAAAACAAAAAGGCAAGUGAUCCCUAUAUCGCACUGCUUAAUUAUCACAGCAUUCCACCACAACAUGGUAAGGGUCCUGCAGAGUUGUUGAUGAAGAGGAAACUCAAGGCUCCCAUGGCACAAUUAUUUAUAAAAAUGUAUCCUGCCAAGAAAAUGCUGAGCAAUACAAAAAUGCAGACUCACAGCUCAAAUUGA